GACACAGGAAUAACCAUGCCUGAGCCAGUCCCUGAAGAGUCUCAGUCGACAGAGCUCACCGGGCUCUUCGUUGAGAAACCUCCAGAAAAUGUUACCGCUGUUGCAGGAAAAGAUUUCACUUUCAUUGCCAAGGUUGACUCAACAACCCUGACCAGGAAACCUACUAUGAAAUGGUUGAAGGGCAAGUGGAUGGACUUGGGCAGCAAGGCUGGGAAGCACAUGCAGUUUAAAGAAACCUACGACAGAAACACUAAGAUUUAUACUUAUGAGAUGAAGAUCGUCAAAGUGGUCGCUGGGGAUGCUGGCGGCUACAGGUGUGAAGUAACGGCAAAGGACAAGUGUGACAGCUGCACUUUUGAAAUCACCGUCGAGGCGGCACAACAAGAGGAGCAGGCGGAUAUUCUGUCUGCCUUCAAAAGAGCGGAUGCCGGAGAGGACGAGGGAGAUUUGGAUUUUAGCGCUUUGCUUAAAGCUGCCAAAAAGAAGAAGAAACCUGAAAAGGAGGAACCACCAAUAGACGUGUGGGAGCUGCUAAAGAAUGCCCACCCGAGCGAGUAUGAGAAAAUCGCCUUCGAGUACGGCAUCACUGACCUGAGGGGCAUGCUGAAACGUCUGAAGAAAAUGAAGACGGUCGAGCCCAAGCAUAGCGAGGCUUUCCUCAAGAAGCUUGAAUCCUGCUACUCUGUGGAGAAGGGCAAGAAGAUUGUCCUGAGGUGUGAGGUAGUUGAUCCAGAUGUCCAGGUCAAAUGGCUGAAGAACGGCCAGGAGAUCAAGCCCUCAGCAAAGUACCUCAUGGAGUCAAGCGGCAACGUCAGGACACUCACUAUCAACAAGACAACCCUGGCUGACGAUGCUGCGUACGAGUGUGUGGUCGGGGAAGACAAGUGUUUCACUGAGGUGUUUGUCAAAGAACCUCCUGUGACCAUCACAAAGCUAAUGGAUGACUACCACGUGGUCGUGGGAGAGAGAGUUGAGUUUGAAAUUGAGGUGUCAGAGGAGGGUGCCCAUGUCAUGUGGUACUUUGAGGAUCAGGAGCUUCACAAAGACAAAGAUUCCAAGUUUCGCUUCAAGAAGGAUGGAAAGAAGCACACACUUAUCAUCCAGGAGGCCACACUGGAUGACAUUGGAAUGUACCACGCUUGGACAAAUGGGGGCCAUACCAAAGGAGAGCUGGAGGUGGAAGAAAAGGAACUGGAGGUAUUGCAGGACAUUGCUGAUCUGACAGUCAGGGCCACAGACCAGGCUGUGUUCAAGUGCGAGGUGUCUGAUGACAAGGUCACAGGAAAGUGGUUCAAGGAUGGAGUGGAGGUCCUGCCAAGCAAUCGCAUCAAAAUGACUCACAUUGGCAGAUUUCACCGUUUGAUUAUUGAUGAUGUAAAGCCUGAGGAUGCUGGAGACUACACAUUUGUUCCUGAUGGAUAUGCCCUGUCACUGUCAGCCAAACUCAACUUCCUGGAAAUCAAGAUUGACUAUGUGCCAAGACAAGAUCCACCAAAGAUUCACCUGGACACCACUGGAAACAUGGUGUCUCAAAACACUAUCAUUGUGGUGGCGGGUAACAAGCUGAGGCUGGAUGUGGAGAUCACAGGAGAACCAGCGCCCACUGUUGUUUGGUCUAAAGGAGAACAACCAAUCACAGACACAGAGGGACGCGUGCGGGUGGAGAACAGGAAAGACCUGAGCUGCUUCGUUAUAGAGGGGGCGGAGAGAGAUGAUGAGGGUAAUUACACCAUCUGUGUGACCAACCCAGCUGGAGAGGACAAAGCUAUGCUGUUUGUGAAGAUUGUGGACGUGCCUGACCCCCCUGAGCAUGUCAAGUGCACAUCAGUGGGAGAGGACACUGCCACCAUCGUCUGGGAGCCUCCUAAGUUUGAUGGUGGUGCACCAAUUAAAGGUUAUCUCAUGGAGAGAAAGAAGAAAGGUUCUUCCAGAUGGACAAAGCUCAACUUUGAUGUAUAUGAAUCAACUACAUAUGAGGCUAAGAGGAUGAUCGAGGGGGUUCUGUAUGAGAUGAGGGUGUUUGCUGUCAACAGCAUCGGCUUGUCUCAGCCUAGUCUGAACUCUAAGCCUUUCAUGCCUAUUGCCCCAACUAGCGAGCCGACACGUCUGACAGUCCAUGAUGUGACUGACAGCACAUGCAGCCUGAGGUGGCUGGCUCCAGAGAAGAUUGGAGCUGGGGGUCUGGAUGGUUACGUGAUUGAAUACUGCAAGGAUGGAGAUACUCAGUGGGUGGUGGCAAACCAGGAACUUUGUGAGAAGCAGGGAUAUGUGGUUCGCGGUCUGCCUGUGGGAGAGAAGAUCAACUUCAGGGUAGUAGCUGUAAACAUCGCUGGACGUAGUCCUCCUGCUAUCCUGGCACAGCCCGUGACCAUUCGUGAGAUCAUGGAACAUCCUAAAAUCCGUCUCCCGCGUGAACUUAGAACAAAGUACAUCAGGAAGGUUGGAGAGAAGAUCAACCUGACCAUCCCCUUCCAGGGUAAGCCCCGUCCCAUCGCCACCUGGUACAAGGACGGUCAACCCCUUGACCCCAAGAUGGUCAGCGUCCGCAACUCCAACGUAGACAGCAUCCUGUUCAUCCGCUCAGCAGAGAGAGAGCACUCUGGAACAUAUGAGCUUGUGCUACAGAUUGAGAACAUGGAGGACAGAGCUUCUGUUAUCAUUAAGAUUGUCGAAAAGCCCGGGCCUCCUUUGAAAGUGCGGGUGACAGACGUCUGGGGUUUCAAUGCAGCGCUGGAAUGGGAACCACCUAGAGAUGAUGGCAACUGUGAGAUUACUGGGUACACCAUCCAGAAGGCAGACCUGAAGACCAAGGAAUGGUUUACCAUUUACGAACAUAACAGACGAACCAACUGCACAGCCUCCGAUCUGAUCAUGGGCAAUGAAUACAUGUUCCGCGUAUACAGUGAAAACCUGUGCGGCCUGAGCGAGGAGCCGUGCCACAGCAAAAACACGGCCGUCAUCGCCAAGACAGGCCUCAUUCACAAAGCGAACCCCUACAAGGAGAAGGACAUGACUUGUGUGCCCAAGUUCACUCAGCCCCUGGUUGACAGAUCCGUUGUUGCCGGUUACAGCACUGCCAUCAGUUGUGCUGUCAAAGGCUUCCCCAAGCCUAAGAUUGUCUGGAUGAAGAACAAAAUGAUUAUCGGCGAGGAUCCCAAGUACUUGAUGCAGAACAACCAGGGUGUGCUGACCCUGAACAUCCGCAAGCCGAGCUCAUUCGAUGGAGGCAAGUACUCGUGCCUGGCUGUGAACGAGCUCGGCCAGGACGAGGUGGAGUGUCAGCUGAGUGUCCAUGUUGCAGUAGAUCCAGAUAAGAAGUGAGAAAGAAUGUGACAUGGAGUGAACCAAACAGGGAAUGAACAGUGUCAGUAUGUGAAGUUCACACUGUCGUCUGUGACUCAAAUAAAGUGGUAGUGGUACGCGCUAUAAAUAUUCUUUA